AUGGGUUUAAAAUAUUAUUCCAAUGAAAUCAAUAAUUCUAAAAACUUUCUACCAUUAUCAUCAAACGCGGAUAUGUCAUCCUAUGCCAACACUUCUGUUUCAUAUUAUAAGAAAUAUCAAUGUUCUUCUCCACUAUCAUCAUCAAAAACUCCUAUGAUUAAAACAAAUAUUAAUACUCACCCGUAUACUUAUAUUCAAAACCAUGAUGAUAUUGGUCAUUCAACAGAGACAUCAUAUUAUUUUCGAAAUAAUACCUAUGCCAAUAUUCCUAAAUCACAAACAAAAUCAACAUAUAUAUCUAAUGAAACAAUAUUAGAGAAUGCAACAUCGAUGACAACUCUGUCUAAUACAGAAAUAGACAUGAAUUCACAAAUAUUAGACAAAAAUAAUAAUAAUAAUCAAAUUUAUGAAAAUGUUAAAUUAUGUCCAAAACUAUUAUCAUCUAUAACUCCUUUCAAAUUCAAUAAAUUAUUAUCACAUCAAAAAUCAUCAAUCAAUAAUAUAAACCCAUGUUCAUCUUCACAUAUCUAUAUGAAUCUACCACAACAAUCAAUUAUUCCAAUACAUAGAAUAUUAUCAAGAAAAAAUGAUCAAACACAUAUUAAUCGUUGUUCUUCAAUAUAUUCGAUAGAAAAAGAACAAAUUGACAUUGAAACAAGUUCAAAUACUAAUACUAUACAAGUAGUUAAAAAACUUGAAGUCAGUUUGGUCCCGAGUUGUCGUGAUAAAAGUGUUUUAUAUCGUACAAAGAUGCCUUCAUCAUUUCGUCAACAACAAGCAUUACAUCGUUCGAAACAGCAUCAUCAACAUCGUACAAAAACUAUUCAUGCCAAUCAAAAUUCUCAUACAAUACAACAACAAAAAAACCAAGAUUCAAAUUUCAUCAUUCCUAUUCAUCAUCCAAUAAUUACUGAUGAUCAAUGGAGACGUUCGUUACAUAAAAAUUUUCAAAUGAAAUCUGUAUCAAAUCAAUUAUAUAAUGAAAUUCAACAAUCAAUAUUUGUCGAUAAUCAAUCAUUAAAUAAUAUUUAUACAGAUAAAGAUCUAUGUGAAUAUCCUACAGAAUUUCAUAAGAUAUUACAAGAUCAAAUUUUUGCAUGGUAUCCAACUGAAAAUUAUAAUGAAGAUGAUUUAAUACCACAAAUUCAUUCAACAUUAGAAAAUGAUGAAUCAUAUAAACAAGAUGAAAUAACCAAUUUGGAUGAAGAAGAAUUUUGUCGACAUGAUACAUUUGAAGAUUUUUUUCUUCGACGUCGUCCUAAAUCAUCAUCAUGUUCAACUUUACCAAAUGGUACUAAAACUAUUAUUUCUGAAACAAUUUCUCAUGAAAUACCUACUCAAGCUUCAUCAUUAAAUCGACAUUUUCCUAGUAUUGCUUUAGGUUUAGAUAAGACUGAUGUAGAAUUUAUUCAUGAUAUAAUUGAACGUUCACAUGGUGAUCAUCGUAAAUCGAAUCGAAUAACAGCACUUCGAGAAGCUUAUACUCGAGCAAUAAAUAAAAAACUUGAUUUAAUAAAAACAAAAAAUAUUUCUCCAACGGAAGAACAUAGAAAAAAGAAUAUUAAAGCAAUGAAACAUUCAUUUGUUGCUUCAAAAAUUCGUGAUGAACUUGAAAAAUAUGAUGAAUUACCCGUUCAUCAAAGGGCUACAUUCUAUGAGGACGAUACAUAUUCAGUACAUUAUCGACAUCAAACUCAUCAUUGUACAAUACCUGUAGUUCUUUCAACAGCACAUCGAAUAUUAAAUUUUGUUUUAUCAUUAAAACGACAAUUACAAAAAAAUUUUCAUAAUAUUCGAUCAAGAAUUCUUAUUGAAACUAUGACGGAAUCAUCAAAUCAUGUAUCACGACAUAGACACACAUUUCAUGAUUCAUCAGUUCUAUCUCAUCGACAUGGAUCUCGACUAAAAACAAUACAUAAUGUUGCUCAUCAUACUAAUAGUCGUCAUGCAACUGAACAUUCUCAUCCUGUUCAUAGACGUCAGCUAUGUCGGAUUCAUUCAAAUCGAUCUCAAUUACAAAAUCAACAUAUUCAUCAAUUUCCAUCCAGUGAACAACAUUCAUCAAAUAGACAACGAACAUUUCGAAUCAUUCCUCAUCAACAGCAACUACAAAGAAUUGAAUGA